ACGGUAAGAUCGAAAUACUCAUUCUCCGGAACAAACUCAAUGCCGCACUGCCACGCAUAACAUUUCAGUGGAGUACUCCUCCGAAAAGGUUGUAUCCAAUGGAUCCCCCCAAGAAACAACAACGAUCUGACGAGGGCCCGUCGUCUAUGACAUCUCCUCCAAAAAAGUUGUAUCCAAUGGACCCCCCCAAAUCUAGAGAGAAACUGAAACGACCUGACGAGGGCCCGUCGUCUAUGAUUACUCCUCCGAAAAGGUUGUAUACAAUGGACCCCCCCAAAUCCAGAGAGAAACUAAAACGACCUGACAAGGUCCCGUUGUCUAUGAUUCCAUCAACGGAGGAAAUGCAAGGGGUACCUAUGCCGGAAUUUUCAAAGUAUGAAGGAGUGAAGCCUCUGCAAAGUGGCAAAUGGGGUGCUCAAGUCUUUGUUGAUGACCAUUGUAUAUUACUCGGAACAUUCAAGUCCGAAAUUGCCGCGGCACGUGCUCAUGAUAGCGCGGCCAUGAAAUUUCUCAAGGAUGACUUCAUUCGCAACUUUCUUUUGACGGACAUCACUAUUCAUGAACCCCUUUUUCAAAACCACUUCAGCGAUGAAGCCAUCCUCGAGAUGAUUUUGGACGGCUCCUACGAACCCAGGUUCAUUGACUUUGUUCGCAAUAUUCUUCGGCCUAAUUACUCCGUCGAUAGUGGUUCAAUAGCAUUGCCUUCCGCCUCGAAUGUCUUCGAUGGAGCCUUUGUUAGAGAAAUGUUUCAUAAACAGCUGACUUCGAGCGAGGUCGGGGAGCAAAAAAUGUUGAUGUUACCUAUCAAUCAAGUUAUUCGAUUCUUUCAAGAUGUGGUCGUUGACAAAGUCGAAAUAUCGCUCGAGUUUCAAGAUAAGAUGAAUCGGUCAUGGGUGUUUCGAUGUGAUUACUUGCACGAUAUUCAGAGUCAUGUAUUCACUACGGGUUGGAACAAAUUUGUUAAUGAGAUGAAGCUUCGUGCUAAUGACAUUGUGGUCUUCUAUCGAUGCUUGGAUUAUAAAAAAUGUUUUGGAAAAUCUUUUGAUAUGAUUGACAUCAUUCGUGAUUUCAAAAGCAACGGCAGCAUCAUGGUUGAUGAGUCAAGGGAGAAGCCUACUGAAUUUGACGAAAAGGAGGGGAAAUCAAAGGAGAUGGUGGAAGUGAAAGAGACUGAAGAGCAGCCAAAGUUUAAGCUUUUUGGAAGUUGGAUUUAGUUGAACAGAUGAAGGGAAUAAAGGCAGGAUUGAUAGGUCUUUGUCUAAUGCAUAACAAUGAGAUGUAUACAUGGAU